AUGGAUGUAACGUCGCUCCGUCUGGUGGUUGUGGUCUUGUAUAUCGCGUGGAGCGCCCUACCCGCACAAUGGAGCACGUGCUUCGCUCUACUUGGGGCAUACAAUGGAGAUGACCAUACUUUUGCGACCACCAAUGAUUACGUAUCGUUCGUAUUGCACAACGGAUAUCCUGACAUGCGCAGUAAGCAGGACGUCUUGGACGAGCAACUGGUGGCAGAAGAAAGGGAGGCGAAAGUGUUGGACGUGUUUCCACCGGAAAUGGUCGAAGAUGAGAAACUUGGUCGCAACAAGCGCUACAUUAACAGUAACAUUAACCGGCGCUGGACUCGCGGCAUUGUCCCCUACACAUUUGAUGAAUCAUUGGGAUCCUACAAACGCGACAAUAUUAAGGGUCAUGUAUUUGGGAUGUUUGAAUACUGGACCCACAUCCGGUUCGUGCCAUGGAACGAGAGCGUACCGGAAGUAUUCAACCUUGACCACCGGAACUACCUCAUUUUUGUAGACACAGGAAGCUGCUGGUCCUGGGUGGGCAACAGGAAGGGCGAGCGUGGACAACAAAUAUCCUGCUGCACCGAUAUGGAGUGCGUGCACGAACUAGGUCACGCGCUUGGACUACUGCACGAGAUCAACAGUCCACUCCGAGACCAGUACAUCCGGGUCAACCAGGAAAACAUCAUAGACUAUCUUGCUGCCAACUUCAAGAUACUCACGUCCCCGGCGUUCAAGACGUUUGACCGUUACGACAUGAGCUCCAUCAUGCACUACGCGUCCAAUACAUUCAGUAAGAACACGCAAGAGACAAUCACCCCCCUGGACCCGGACAUGCGCUACUUGCUGCAUCAGCAAGACUUCAAAGUGUUCUACAUGCUGCAAGAGAUACAGAGCGUCUACAGAAUGCAGGACGAGAAAUGCCCCGACUUUCCUCUGCCGUGCGCCAAUGACGGCUACGUAUCGUUCAUAGAUGGUCAGUGUAGAUGUCGCUGUCCAGACGGGCUGGAGCCGCGGACCGGAUGUAACACACCGCUGGGAGCAGAUUUGUGGCCAGCAGGAAGUUAUUCCUUGUUACGCCCUCCUGGUGACGACUGUCCGGUAGGAUUUCAGCAUGGCUUCGUGCAGUUGGUGGACACCGCAAACGCCCGUUUUGACCCACUGGAUAUGGGGCGUCUCAACACGCUGUAUUUCUGUUCGAAGCGAUACGACCACACUACCGGAAGAAAGCCCACGUGGCCUUCUGGAAACUACUGCGUGUUUAGCGGAGCCAACAACACGUGCCCAUCAGGUUUCCAAGAGCACCAGGCAUCAUACAGGACCAACAGAGUGUAUGCGGACUUUGUAGCGGGCGGAUCAGCACCGCCUGGGCGUGGCCUCGAUUUCCAACAGGUGGACCCUACGCGGGGACCGUCUGAGACCACUGACCAUCUGUUGGGUCCCCCUGGCAGUCAGAUUCUCCUCGAGUUCUCGGACUUCAGCGUUCCCCGCGAGACCAGCGAUAAGUCAUGUGACAGCUACAUCGAGAUACGUCAUCUGUUGCCAGGGCAACCAGGCAUUAAGUAUUGUGGUGAUGGAUUCCGGAAGUCGGUAUUGAGUCAGAAGGAAACCCUGAGCCUCACUCUGGGGUCAAAGGGCGCUGGCCCAGCCCAGGCCAUGUUCAAGGCGUCAAUCACGUUUAUAACAGCUGAUGACCUUUGUUACACGAAUAGCGGCCUGGACGACAGUUACCAUGGCAAUGUCAAUUACGACCAGAACUAUGAACCAUGCGUGCCCUGGGACCGGGUGACCCACUGUCGACAUCAUGUCUUUAAUGUCACGCACAUGCAGCUGGAGGGUAAUAUGUGUCGCAACCCUGGUCACGGCACCGCGCCUUGGUGCUACACGAACGCUGAAACAUGCGCGCGCACCUACUGCGACGUCUGCCAUUUGAGGGCCUGCAUUGACUUGUUCGACGACUGUGAGUACUCUGUGUACAAGAACCCCGGGUACUGCGCCCAGGAUCCAGAGGCGACCAGGGGAUGCCGGAAGUCUUGCGGACUGUGUGCGCAACGGCAAUUGGUCGCGUCCGAAACGUGUAUCGACAGACGGACGGAUUGUAGGACGAUAUUGCACCGCAACCCGUUGAUGUGCCGAGAGUUUCCGGACUUUGCCGAGAAAUUGUGUCGGCAGACGUGUCGGCUCUGUAACAUCACGAGCAACGUUCAAACAUGUAAUACUUUUAAAGACUUGUCGAUAAACGUUACAACACAACGUAUGAACGCAAGUGUCGGUGACGUCAUAACGUACACAUGCAUAUCCGGUCAUAUGCUUGUGUCAGGUGACCUGAAGCGACAGUGUAUGGCUGAUGGAACGCUAAGCGGAAGUAGCCCGAACUGUGUGGACACGUUUGAUGUAAGCACCAGACUGUUUCAAGUCGACAUACGGCGCCGACAGUCAGUGGGAGAACAUGAUCGUGUAUAUGCACUCAGCUUCCUGCUGGUGGGGUCGCACACUGUGAACAUUGAACAGAGCGACCGCAUAGUCACCGUGGAUAUUCCUCAGGCGGAAAGGAUCACCGUUCAACCCAGAGACUUCAUAGGACUUCACUUUCAACAUAAGAUACACGCAGGGAUCGCAAGGGACCCGUGCAUUUCUGAGAACUCUCCCUAUCAUAUCGAAACAUGGCGACCCCCGCAGAGCGCGAGCUGGCACGUGGGUCACGUGUACGAUAUGUCACGUGGUAGUGACUGCAACAUUUUCUCUGUGAACGCUGUGAUAUCACCCCGUAGAGAUGUCGUGGAAAACUUUUAAAGUGUUGAUGUUUUACCAUAUGGAUAUGGCU